CACAUGUAUGCUAUUUUAAUCUGUUUCACGUCAUACGUAUGCGUCGGCCGGAAAUUGAAUUUCCAUCGCCUCUUGUUUUUGUUCCCAGUUAGAUUCUGUUCAGCAGCUGGGUUAGGUAGGCUUUUUGUGUUCGAUAUUUACGAAAUAUUUGGUUAGUUUGAACAACUUUAAUAUCAAUUCAAACGGUGUUUGGACAAUAACGCAGAGCCAUGUCUAAACGCGCUUCUUUUCACACACAACUGUCCUCCAUCAUGGAAAUAUUGUCUAGAACCGCAAUGGCUCAUGUGUGCAAACUGGUUGACGACGAAUACGCGGGAAUUUCUUUAGAAAAUGAGGCUCUCACUGAUAAAUUGCAUAAUCUGGAAAGUGAACUGACAAUUGUGAAAAGCACAGCUCCCAAGCUGGCUGGAAACUAUCGCUCUGUUGGUGUUCAAACUGGUGAAACUAUCACCAGAAUAGACAGAGGGCUAAACGGGUCCCCCACCAUCGAAGGAAUAUUUGGGAAGGAAUGGUGCCUUGAUCUAUGGAACCAUGGGGAUCCCUACAACACAGAGAACAGUCCGCAACACAUUGCAAAAUCAACAGAGGCGCCUUCAGGCCAAGCUGACGUUAAAGAGGAGGAUUGUGAGGUGGAAAUCAUAAACAGCAGAGACCAACAGGAAAGACCAACAAUAAUUUUAGAUGGAGAUGACGACUUAUUGGACAAUGGAAGAGAAGGGCCCUCCAAUGAGUAUCCAUCCUUUGAUUCCUUCCGCCAGGACAGGCCAGGGAGACGGGAUAAACAGGUACUGGAGAUGUCAACUACGGAUGUCUCCACAGGACACACUUUACGUUUCAUAUCCAUCGACGGAGUGGAGGAGGAAUAUGGCGAACAUGUCUUUCCCAUUGAGGACGAUGAGACAAAUGAGUUCCUACCAGACGAUACCGAGCUGUUGCCCAACGAAGCACAAGAUGAACACAUCACAAAGCCAACGUAUGCAAAGAAGUCUUUAGCAAAGUCAAAAAGCAAAGCUGGAAAGACUGCUGGGAAGACUUUCAGUUACUUUAACAGGUUUAACUUGCACUCCCAUAGUAAAUCCGACACAAACAAGUUAAGUUGCGUGAUUUGUAAGAAGACUUUCUUGCGGCAGAACCAUCUGACGAUGCAUAUGAAAUCUCACAAAUCGCUGUACUGCAGUGUGUGUAAGAACUGUUAUCCUGGGAAAACUCAGCUCAAAAAACACAAAUGUGUUGCUCCUGAUUAUCUGGCCUCGAACAGCUCGAAGUACUUUUGCCAUUACUGCGGCAAGUCUUUCAGCUGUCCGUCAAGCCUGAGGAUACACCACCUGGUGCACACUGGAGAGAGACCCCACACGUGCACUGUCUGCGGGAGAGGAUUCACACAGAAGGGCAAUCUGAAAUGUCACAUGCGCCUUCACACUGGUGAGAAACCGUUCAAAUGCCUCACAUGCGAAAUUGGUUUCACCCAGAAAGUAUACCUCACUCAGCACUUGGCCAAAGCUCACGGUCAAAAGGAAGAUAAUAAGAAAAAGAAGGCGCAAGUGCACAAAUGUUCUAAGUGUCAGUUGUCUUUCGUCAAUCAGCAACUGCUCCAAACACACAUGACUGUUCAUAAAAAUAAAUGAAGUAUUUUUGGUUGAUUGCAAUACUCUUGACUUAAAGGGGCAAGCUGCAGUUGCUACAUCUAUUUUGGGACUUAGAAAUGAUGUACUCAUUUAUUGUUGAAUAUAACUUAUUAAUGCCUCAUAAGCUUAGUUGAACUGUUGUACCCCAUCAGAACUCAAAAUAAACACUUAACAUUUGUCAUUUAGCAGACGUUCUUAUCCAGAGCAACUUACAGGAGCAAUUAGGGUUAAGUGCCUUGAUCAAGGGCACAUUGACAGAUUUUUCACCCUGUCAGCGCUGGCAUUCGAUCCUGUUACUUUUCGGUUACUAGGCCAACACUCUUAACCACUAGGCUGCCACCCCAAAUAGCCUCAAAACAUGGAUAAAACCAUUUUGAUGGUCAGUCCUUGCAUCGAUAGCUCUUUGAAUGAGUUGUUAGCCUACAUUUCUCCAGGCCCAGCCGUCUGCUUUUUACCCAAACGCGUGGGGAUGCCUCUAUCUGAACCGCUGAUUGCGUGCCUGCUCUGCUCAAACUGGAGAACCAAAUGCUGUCUAAUGUAUGUCAUACUUCACAAUAUUCUAGUGACCUUGUCAAGGGGUUUGAACGCUGGACAUGGGAGUCCCAGUCGGGUGACCCCCCCCCCCC